AUGCCAAAUCUAGACGUCUCGGAGCUCAACGUUGUGCUGAGCGUGCUGGGCGCGUUCAUCCUGCUGUAUGGCAUCAUCUCGGUCAAGAUCAAAUCCCGAUGGUAUCUCGGUGAAGCCUUGCCGGCCGUGCUCAUGGGCAUCGCCCUCGGACCUCUGGCCGCCAGGUUCCUCGACAGCGAGAGAUGGGGGUCCGCGGAAAAGGGGCAGACCAACGACAUCACUCUGGGUGUCACUCGCGUCAUGAUUGGCGUCCAGCUCGUCAUCGCGGGCUACCAGCUCCCAGCCAAGUACAACCUGAAGCGCUGGAAAGAAAUGGCGCUCUGCCUGCUCCCCAUCAUGACCAUCAUGUGGCUCUGCACCACGCUCUGCGUGCUCACCGCCGUGCCGCGCGUCACGCUCCUCGCGGCCCUCGUCAUCGCAUCGUGCGUCACAUGCACCGACCCCAUUCUCUCGCAGGCCAUCGCCAAGGGGCCGUUUGCCGACAAGUACGUCGCGCGGCCGCUGCGGGAGAUCAUCUCCUCCGAGGCCGGAGCCAACGACGGGUUUGGGUUUCCGUUUUUGAUGCUCGCUGUGUAUCUGAUGCGACAUGCGGAUCUCCCGGAACCGGGCGUGCCGGCGGGUGAGGAGAGGGUGGAAGGGAUCCCGGCGAAGAUGUUGUUUGCGCGGGAGGACGAGGUUGGUCGUCUUGGCGGGGGCGUGGGAGUAGCCAUGAAGGAGUGGUUCCUCGAGACGUGGCUGUACAUUGUGCUUCUCUCCGUCGUGUAUGGCGCUGUCGUCGGCUACGGAUCAUGCAGGGCCAUCGGGUUCGCUCUGAGAAGAAAAUGGAUCGAUGGCGAAUCCCACUCCCUAUUCCCCGCUGCGCUGGGCAUGUUCCUGGUGGGCACCUGCGGCGCCAUCGGCACCGACGACCUCCUCGCGUGCUUCGUCGCCGGCAACGCCCUCAACUGGGACGGCGAGUACCUCGCAGAGACGGAGCGCCGCCACGACGAGGUCAGCUCGUGCAUCGACGUGCUGCUCAACUUUGGCGGGUUCAUGUACAUUGGCACCAUCCUGCCGUGGUCCGAGUUCCACGACCCAGAGGGCGUCGCCACCGGCCUGACGUACGGGCGCCUCAUCGGACUGGGCUUCCUCGUCCUCGUCCUGCGCCGCAUCCCCGCUAUCCUGCUCACCUACAAGCUCAUGCCGGGCGUGGUCCGGGACUGGAAAGAGGCGCUCUUCAUGGGGUACUUUGGCCCGAUCGGCGCGGGCGCCGUCUUCUACCUCGAGCACAGCCGGCACCUGUUUCCGGAGGCCGGGAGGGGCGACGGGGAGGAGACGGAGCUGGCGCGUGCCAUUGGGCCCGUCGUGUACUGGCUCGUGCUGUUUUCCAUUGUCGUGCACGGGCUGUCCAUUCCGGCGCUUAACCUCGCGUACACGCUCAUGGGGGUGGAGCCGGUGCAGGACGACGCCAGGGAGAUUCGGCGCAUGUCGGAGCGCGUGGCGACGCCCGUCAACGCCAUCCCCAGCGGAGAGGACACGUUUAUUGCGUACAACCGCUUUAGUAGAUCGGUGUUUGACCCGCUGGCGCUGCCCGUGUCGCAGACGGCUGGAGGAAACAAGGGGUUCGUGCUUGACGAUGACGACGAAAAGGGUCGAGCUCGAUGA